CUCUUGAAUCAGUAAAAAAAAGAGUCGUUCGUGAACUGCACAUCUCUACUGAAUAGCCAAGCAGCUUCCUCGGCUAGAGAAGGGAUCCGCACUGUAUUGUCACGGUUGGUUGGCACGCAAUCCUCUGUCUUCCAGAAAUGUGAUCGCUUUUUAACUCGAUUUGCCAUAUGAAAAUGUUAGGGAGUCGCCGACAUCACCGUCUGAAGCGACGACAUCGUUGACGAAAAGCACAACAACGCCGGGUUGAGUAGUAGUAUGCUGGACGUGGGGAAGUGGCCAGUGUUUGCUCUCCUGCCUCCAGAGGAACUGCGUCUGAUACGACAGGCCUGUGUGUUCGGCAGCGCUGCCAACGAAGCCCUCUAUGUCACCGUCAACGAUGAGGUGUUUGCCCUGGGCACCAACUGUAGUGGCUGUCUGGGUCUGGGGGACCUGCAGAGUACCAUAGAGCCCCGCAGGAUCGACGUCCUAUGUGGGAAGAAAAUAGUCUCUCUGAGCUACGGGACAGGACCACAUGUAGUCAUCGCUACUGCCGACGGAGAGGUGUUUGCCUGGGGACACAACGGCUACAGCCAGCUGGGAAAUGGGACCACCAACCAUGGCUUGACCCCAGCCCAGGUCUCCACUAACCUGCUCAACAAGAGGGUGACGGAGGUGGCCUGUGGCUCUCACCACACCAUCGCCCUCACUACCGACGGAGAGGUGUUUGCAUGGGGCUACAACAACUCUGGCCAGGUGGGGUCAGGGUCGACGGCCAACCAGCCCACGCCGCGUCGGGUCAGCAGCUGCCUGCAGAACAAAGUGGUGGUUAAUAUCGCCUGCGGUCAGCUCUGUUCCAUGGCUGUGCUGGACAAUGGAGAGACCUAUGGUUGGGGCUAUAACUGCAACGGGCAGCUUGGUCUGGGCAACAAUGGGAACCAGCAGACCCCGUGUAGGAUCGCAGCUCUACAGGGAGUCAACAUUAUACAGGUUGCUUGUGGCUACGCCCAUACGCUGGCGCUGACGGACGAGGGCUUUAUUUACGCUUGGGGGGCCAACUCUUAUGGCCAGCUGGGGACAGGCAAUAAGAGUAACCAGGCUGUCCCUACACUCAUCAACACAGACAAGGAGAGGAUGGUGGAGGUGGCAGCGUGCCACACCAGCCAUACGUCUGCAGCUAAGACUCAGAGCGGUCAGGUGCUGAUGUGGGGUCAGUGUAGGGGUCAAGCUGUAGCCUGCCCUCACCUCACUCACUUCGCCAGCACUGACGGUCUGUUCAUGGAUUAUCCAGUAUUAUCGCUGUUCGCCACACCCGCUGUCACAUGGCACCUCCUGGGUUUAGACGGUGAUGACUAUCUGACGGUGGCCCAGUCUCUGAAGAGGGAGUUUGACAGCCCGGACAUCUCAGAUCUCAAGUUCCUUGUGGAUGGAAAGUGUAUCCACGUACACAAAGCCCUCCUAAAGAUCAGGUGUGAACAUUUCCGUGUGUUGCUGAACGAGACAGACGAGGAGUCUAUUGAGAUUCACCAGUUCUCUUACCUGGUCUACAGGGCCUUCCUCGAAUACCUUUACACAGACACCAUCAACCUGCCUCCGGAGGACGCCAUAGGUCUCCUGGACUUAGCUACGUUCUACCGUGAGACGCGUCUGAAGAGACUGUGUCAGGAGACCAUCAAGAGAGGCAUCUCUGAGGAAAACGCGAUUACACUGCUCUCUGCUGCCGUCAAGUACGAGGCCAGGGACCUGGAAGAGUUCUGCUUCAAGUUCUGUGUCAACCACCUGACAGCCGUUACGCAGACGCAGGCCUUCGCCGACAUGGACCACGAGCUGCUGAAGGCCUUCAUCAGUAAAGCUAGCCGUUAUGGGGCCUUCAAAAACUGACUGGUUCGACAGCCCACUAGCUAAGACUCUGGGUUAAGAGACUGGGGAAUGGGGGAGGGGGAUGGGGGAG